CUCUCGGAAGAAAUCCAGGCCGUAAUUUCGGUUCCUCUUGAACCGUUGGGCCUCGCACCGCUGCCGGGAUUUCCUUUACUGCUACUGUUUAUGACAGCGCCUAUUACACAUUCGGACGUUCGUGCUGUCAUGACGACUUACUCGUUACCCGACCCCGGGCUGACACCAUCUGACAUGUUGGACGCUGUGUAUCAUUUUGGGGUGACGAUCACACAGUCCAUGUGUCCUGUCUGCGGGCUCAUCAUUUGUAAUGUGUUCUUAUGAUUGUGGAGAGUUUGUAAAUCGAUGCGAGACUGUGGAUCCAGUUCUGUGUGAUAUGUCUGAACAAUCCUUCACCCCUUCACACCAAAACAAAUAACUGUACUCAUGAUCUCGUAAGAUACACGCUUUGUAUGAUGCAUUCCAAUAGUUUGAUGCGAAACAGUCAAUGUUGUACGUCCCCAAUUAUUACUCGAUGGUACAUAUCGAUUGAUAGACAUCACGUUGGCAGAUUCGGCGAAAUGACGGUUGGCGAACACUCGCAAAGCUUUCUGCUACUCAGGAUGAGUGUGACACAGUUUCCUUCCGAUGCCAUCAUCUUCUUAGUGAUGGGUCCACAAACACAUAGGGCCUCUGAAGAAGUGGCAUGGAAAUGAGAGAAAGACCGUCUGUUACUUCCUGAAGUUGUGGGCUCCCACAUAGUGCAGUCAUCACGUUUGAUAGCCGGUCCAACGUUUUGGUGUAUUAGAUUGGCACAUAACACCGACGUUUUUCUCCGAUCACAGGAGUAGACAAGGGUCUGUCACUCACCAUCAUCACACAACUGUGUCUAUAGAUGUAGCUUUGGCAGAAGAGACCUUGGAAACAAUUUCUCGAAUUCGCCGAUCAAGUGUUGAAGCUUUUUAUUACGAUUAGUUUUGUGUUGAGCCCUGAACAUAUUGAUGUACUAUGUACAACCUGAAACAUACGACGAAUCUAUCAAUAAAUUUGCUUUUAUUGUCGGCCGGCCGUAUAAACUCAA